UUGGUCGUGAUCUUCCAUGUCUAGCGUCCGCACAGUGAACCCGAAUGCCGAAGUCGUGGCGCGCUCCCAAGCUCUCUUGGUGAACGUCAGCGCCGCCCGCGGACUCCAAGGCGUGCUCAAGUCCAACUUGGGACCCCGAGGCACCCUGAAGAUGCUUGUCGGAGGUGCCGGACAGAUUAAACUGACCAAGGACGGGAACGUCCUCCUUCAUGAAAUGCAGAUCCAACACCCCACCGCGGCCGUGAUUGCCCGCGCGGCCACUGCCCAAGACGAUAUCACAGGGGACGGAACCACCUCGAGCGUGCUCUUCACUGGGGAGUUGCUCAAGCAAGCAGAGCGAUUCCUCUCCGAUGGACUGCACCCUCGCAUCCUCGCCGAAGGGUUUGAAUUGGCCCGCGAAGAAGCCCUCCGUGUCUUAGACAACAUCAAGGUCGACAAGCCCGACGUGUUGCAAGACCGCGAACUGUUGACCAGCGUGGCCCGCACAUCCCUGCGCACCAAGUUGGACCAGCAGUUGGCCGACCAGUUGACCGAGAUCGUCACGGACGCCGUCUUGACCAUUGCGACGCCCGGUCGCCCCGUCGACUUGCACAUGAUCGAGAUUAUGCAUAUGGUCCACCAAAGCGCGGCCGACACCCGUCUGAUCAAGGGUCUGGUGCUGGACCAUGGGUCACGCCACCCCGACAUGCCGUCUGAGCUCGAAAACUGCUUCAUCAUGACGUGCAACGUGUCGCUCGAGUACGAGAAGAGCGAAGUGAACUCGGGUUUCUUCUACAACAGCGCCGACCAGCGCGAGAAGAUGGUCGAGGCCGAGCGCAAGUUUACCGACGACAAAGUCAAGCAGAUCAUCGAGCUCAAGCGCCAUGUGUGCACGGACGAGAACAAGGCGAGCUUUGUGAUCAUCAACCAGAAGGGCAUCGACCCCCUGAGUCUGGACAUGCUGGCCAAGGAAGGCAUCCUCGCCCUGCGCCGCGCCAAGCGCCGCAACAUGGAGCGUCUGACGCUCGCGUGCGGCGGCAUGGCCAUCAACUCGACGGAUGACAUGGACGUCAACAUGCUCGGGUGGGCCGGCAAAGUGUACGAGCAAACCCUGGGCGAAGACAACUACACGUUCGUCGAGGACGUGCGCCACCCCCAGUCGUGCUCGAUUUUGAUCAAGGGGCCAAACGAGCACACAAUUGCGCAGAUCAAGGACGCCGUCCGCGACGGCAUCCGCGCCGUCAACAACACGAUUGAAGACGGGAGCGUCGUACCCGGCGGCGGCGCGUUCGAACUGGCCGCGCACCGAGCGCUGUACGCGUUCAAGGACACGAUCAGCGGCCGCGCCAAGCUGGGCGUGCAGGCGUUCGCGGAUGCUUUGCUGAUCAUCCCCAAAGUGUUGGCCGAAAACUCUGGGCUGGACGUGCAAGAUGCGCUGCUGGCGUGCUUGGAGGAAGGCGCGGCGUCGGGCGAGGCCGUGGGGCUGGAUCUGUUCAGUGGCCAGCCCAUGCUGCCGCUGCAGGAAGGAAUUAUCGACAACUACCGCGUCAAGCGCCAGUUUAUUCACUUGGCCACGGCGCUGGCGUCCCAGCUGCUCCUCGUGGACGAAGUGAUGCGGGCAGGACGGCAAAUGGGCAAGAGCCAGCAGCCAGACGCCGGCCAAGACGAGUAGAUACGAACCAAACAUAUCGGAUAGUAAUAUUGUCCUUUUACCCCAAA